AUGAGGAUGCUUCGUGAGCUCUACGAUAAUUUCGAGAACAGGAUUUCAUCAUUCUACGAGGAAUUCGUUAUUAACGUGAAGAGAAGUGUCCGACAGGGCGAUACCAUUUUGCCCAAACCCUUUUCAGAGCCGCUCCCGAGAAUAUCAUGCGUCAUUUGGAAUGGGGAGACGGGAGUGAAUGUCGACAGCCGCUACUUACGUCAACUCCGCUUUGCAGAUGACGUCGCGCUUGUAACACCCAACAUUGAGCUGGAGGAAUGGAAGCUGGCUGAGUUUGACAGUGCUUGUGGAUAUAUCGGCGUGAGGCUGAACUUAACGAAGACGAUGUCCAUGAAAAACGUAUUGGUACCCAAUGUCCCUUGCGCUGAACGGAACGAAUACCUCCGAAUGCUCUGGCUAAGGUACCUAGGUCGGGAAGGACCUCGCUCCGGAGCUGUGGAGAAGGGAACGCGCCGCGUGGGGAGCAAUUAA